AUGGAGGAGGCCACCGAAUUGAAAGAGAAGGCAUACAAAGUAUCUAAGAUCAGCAGGAGACUAGAAGAUUGUGAAACCUUUAAAGACUCUAUAAUCACCCCUCAGCAUUUAACCCUCCAGCAGUCCUACCGCAUAACAUCUGCUCCCCUGGGCGUCACCUUUUCUUCUUGUAUCCUACAGCACAACCGCUUUGUGGCAGACACAAAGGACAAGGAGCCCGAUGUUCUGUUUGUGGGAGACUCGUUGGUCCAGUUACUGCACCAGUUUGAGAUUUGGCGUCAGUUAUUUUCCCCACUCCACGCCCUGAAUUUUGGAAUUGGGGGUGACGCGACCCAGAACAUUCUGUGGAGAAUUCAACAUGGUGAACUGGAGAAUAUCAAACCCAAGGUCAUCGUGCUGUGGGUAGGCACAAACAAUCACGGCCACACUGCGGAGCAAGUGGCAGGAGGCAUCGAGGCCAUCGUUCACCUCAUGAUCCAGCAGCAACCUCUGGCCAAGAUCAUCGUCCUGGGUCUGUUACCCCGGGGGAAGGACCCGAACCAGCUGCGGGUGAAGAAUGCCCAGGUGAACGAGCUGGUGAAGGAGAUGGUGAAGGACGUCAGCAACGCCUCCUACCUGGACGUGGAUCCAGGCUUCGUGAACUCUGAUGGCACCAUCAGCCACAAUGACAUGUAUGAUUACCUGCACCUGACCCGUCACGCUUACAGCAGCGUCUGCCAGGUCAUCCAUGCCCGGGUACAGCAGCUGCUGGCUGAGGCUGCCUCUGACCCCCCCAAUCCGGAUAUCUGAUGGCCAGAGACUGCCACUGUCACCCUGGGUGCACCGCUGUGCGGAUCCCACAGCAGUUAGGGGGGAAGCCCACCCAGGGAGACUGCUCUCUCAGUGAGAUGACCAAACUCUAAAGGGCUAUACUUGGACUGACUCAGUCUGUGAGCAACCCACCCAGCCCCACCACACACUCAUUCCACUCCCCCUAUGUCCCCACUGUCGUUCUCUCUCUCUCUCUCUCUCUGUCAUUUUCAUGCCCUCCUGCCCAUGUAGUCUCGCUCUCGUUUUCAUGCACUCUGUCUGUCUUUCACCCACCCUUGUCCACACCCUCGUGCCUUUUCCCUCCCCCUGUUCUCCUUCACCUGCCUCUCUCACCCUUCUCCUCCCUCACUACCACACUGGCAGCUUGUCUAAAACCUGCUGACAUCCCAUCACAGGGAUUUAUGGUGCAGAGUGGCUGGGCGAGCAGGGGGAGUCUCAGGGCAGCGUGAACGUAAUGUGGGUCAUUGAGGCCGGAUGGGAGGAGAACAUGACUGUCAGCGCUUGGAGGAUGGGGAGUCAAUGUGUGAAGAGAGAGUGUGUAUGGGUGGAGAGGGGGAGCGAGUGUACAUGUGAGUGAAAAGAUGGAGACAUUGUCACUCACACUCUCUCUCUCUCUCUCUCUCUCUCUUCCCCGCUCCCCCACCCACUCUGUGGGUGAAGUGAUGCUCCAUCCAUACAUGCAAACAGAGAUCUAAAUCCCUGAUGUGAAAUGAUUAGGGGUGUCUUGGAAACCAGGUCACAUUGAAGAGAACAGGAGACUCCAGUACUGGGGUUUCCUGGCUCCGAGUGAGUUUGAACUGUAAGAGAGAACCAUGAGCUACGGUUAUAAAGCACACCAGUCCUACCAAUAAAACUAAAAUGGUCGUGGGAACGUUAAA